UGUAAGUAUUGCGCAGAUGCAGAAGGCUGUUGAAAUAUUGGAUGAGACGACACUAGCAGGCAUAAUUUCGGACGAGCACACAUACACAACUAUCAUGCACGGUUAUGCAUCUUUAGGUGAUACUGGGAAAGCCUUCGAGUAUUUUACCAAAUUGAGGAGUGAGGGCCUGGAGCUUGAUGUGUUCACAUAUGAGGCUUUGCUGAAGGCAUGUUGCAAGGCAGGCAGAAUGCAAAGUGCAUUAGCUGUCACCAAAGAAAUGAGUGCUAAAAACAUUCCAAGGAACACCUUUAUUUACAACAUAUUAAUUGAUGGAUGGGCUCGAAGAGGGGAUGUUUGGGAGGCUGCUGACUUGAUGCAGCAAAUGAAAAAGGAAGGUGUUCGACCUGAUAUUCACACCUACACAUCUUUCAUAAAUGCUAGUUGCAAGGCUGGAGAUCUGCAGAGAGCUGAACAAAUAAUUAAAGAAAUGGAAGCGUUGGGAGUGAAGCCAAAUGUGAAAACCUACACUACGUUGAUAAAGGGUUGGGCACGUGCUUCUCUCCCAGAGAAGGCCUUGAGAUGCUACAAAGAGAUGAAAUUGGCUGGGCUGAAGCCGGACAGAGCUGUAUACCAUUGCUUGAUGACAUCUCUGCUGUCAAGGGCAACUGUUGCUGAAGUUUAUAUCUACACUGGCCUUCUGUCCAUUUGUAAAGAGAUGAUUGAAUCUGGGCUGACCGUUGAUAUGGGAACUGCAGUUCACUGGUCGAUGUGCUUACGCAAGAUUGAAACAACAGGCGGGGAGCUUACAGAAGCACUGCAGAAGACCUUCCCACCUGAUUGGAGCUCAUCUCAUACUUUAGAUGUAAGUUCAGAUUUUGACAGUGAUGAUGAACUAGAUAUUGUUAGUGAUGAUGAUGGUAUGGAGUUUGCUAGUAGAAUAAAUGGUCAUGAAACUAUGACGAGGAUAGUCUAA